AGAGCAUUGGCGAUGUAGUUUCGGAGAAGAUUGACGAUGGACCACGCUUUCGAGCAAUGGUCAGUUAUCUCUACGGCCGAAUCACGGCAAGCCGAUGGUUGCCUCUGCAAUUACCAGAGAACGAGGCGAAGGGACUGCUGCUACGGCAAAGCCGUGGCACGUAUGUCACCGAGCCGGAGCGAAUCGACCCACUCCUGUUGGCGGCCGUACAGAAGAUGAAUGCGGAGGUGGCCUUCACCAUGACCACAGAGACGAUGAACGUCAUCUUUUCAACAUUGUCUCCAGAUCAGUGCGAGAUUAUCCUCGAGAACGGUUCCCAGCUCCAGGUUGUCGAGUCCCUCGCCGCAAUCGCUGCUGGCUCUGCGAACUUGCGAUUUUUCCAGUAUGCCGCGCUCCUGCGGGAGGAGCGUGUGUUGCUGAUCUGGCACGAUGAUCUCGACAGAGUCCUGAAACAAGCUGCCGAGAUGGAGCACAAGCUUUUGUCCCUCAUCUGGAGAGCAGCACGCCCAAUGAGCAUUGUCCCAUCUCCGCUGAACUCAGUACCGGCAAGCGGCAUCACUUCGCCUGUGGCGUCGACAUACAAUUUGGCCGCGGAGCUUAAGAAAACGCCAGUCGCCCAUACCAUCCAAGAAACGCCUUUUGUAGACGAGGAGAAAGGCCACACGGGAGCGGAAUCGUUGCAGCGGCCCGUCGUCGUGACAAGCACACUCUACGUCGGUCUCGGUGUUGCGGCCCUCACAAUCAUUCUCGUAGGCUCCUCAGUCUCCGAAAUGGUCGCUGCUUCACUUGUCGACGGCAACUACAUGCGCUUUGCGCUGAUUGCAGCCAUGCCGUUCAUCAUGUCUCUUGCUCUUUUCUUCACUACUGUUGUGUUUGGCAGCUUGUUCCAGGCGUUGGGACCUGUCGGUACAUGCAAGUCGAACACGCGGUACCAUUCCACCAUCAAGCCCAACGUCACCCGUGCUUAUGCUGCUGGGUUCAGCCCACCGCCAAUCACCAUUCAGAUGCCGGUUUACAAAGAGUCACUCGCGCAAACGAUCAAGCCGACUGUGGAAAGUCUGAAAGCAGCCAUCUCCCACUAUGAAUCUCACGGCGGCACUGCAACAAUCUUCAUCAACGACGACGGGAUCCAGCUCAUCUCUGAGGAAGACGCCACCGCCCGAAGAGAGUUUUAUCUUGACAACAACAUCGGCUGGGUCGGUAGACCGGGCCACAACUCCAAGCCGUGGGGUGAAGACGGCCCUACCUUUACCCGUGGUGGCAAGUUCAAGAAAGCGUCAAACAUGAACUUUGCCCUCAACUUCUCCAACAAGGUGGAGGAUGCGAUGCAAACGCUCGUUGACGAGCGUGCUCAGCGCGUUGGGCAUGACAUGCUCGACCAGUUCGAACACGAUGAGCUCUACGAGAUUGCCAUGCAGAAAGCUCUUGAGCAGGAAAAGAUCGCCUGGGCUGCCGGCAACAUCCGCAUGGGCGAGCACAUUCUCAUCGUCGACUCUGAUACUCGUGUACCUGUCGAUUGCCUUCUCUACGGUGCCGCCGAGAUGUUCUUCUCCCCCGAGGUCGCCAUUGUGCAACACUCGACGGGCGUUAUGAAGGUCGUGGGCGACUACUUUGAGAAUGGCAUUGCCUUCUUCACGGAUCUCAUCUACAGCGCAAUCCGCUACGCCGCGUCGAGUGGCGAGGUUGCUCCUUUCGUUGGCCACAAUGCGUUCUUGCGAUGGAAGGCUAUCCAGGCUGUUGGCACCACGAACCAGGAGACCGGCUUCGUCACUUACUGGUCCGAGAGCCACGUUUCCGAGGACUUCGAGAUUUCGCUCAAGGUUCAGACAAAUGGCAACGUCGUCCGGCUUGCCAGCUACCACGGCGACGGCUUCAAGGAGGGUGUCUCGCUCACGAUCUAUGAUGAGCUGGCCCGUUGGGAAAAGUACUCUUUCGGCUGCAACGAGCUCAUGUUCAACCCAAUGAGGUCGUGGAUCACCAAGGGACCUUUCACCAAGAUCUUCCGAACCUUCAUCUGGGCCGACAUGCCCCUCACCUCCAAGAUUACCAUCUUUGGCUACAUCGCGUCAUAUUACUCUAUCGCGUCCUCUCUGCCACUUACAAUCCUUAACUACUUCCUCGUUGGUUGGUUCGUUGACGAUCUCGACAAGUUCUACCUGCAGUCAUUUAAUGUCCUCCUGUCAAUUGUCUUCGUCUUCAACGGUCUCGGCACGGUGUGCCGCGCAAUCCUCUUCUACCGGACCGGCGAGAAGCCCUUUGUGCGCGCGCUCAUCGAGGAGCUCACCUGGACGCCCAUGUUUGUCGUCUUCUUCGGCUCCCUGUCGUUCCACCUCAACCUGUCCAUCCUCGCGCACAUGUUCUCCAUCGACAUGCAGUGGGGCGCCACGGCCAAGGAGAAGGAGAACAGCAACUUCUUCAAGGAGGUGCCCAAGAUCUUCUCGACCUUCAAGUGGAUGUACGUGGCCUGCGUGCCCAUCAUCGGCGCCAUGAUCUACCUCGGCUGCUUUGCGCCGUACGGGUACGAGAUCAACACCCUUGCCGCUGUUCUGCCAUUAGCACUCGCGAUUGGCUCACACAUGCUCAUGCCCUUCCUCCUUAACCCUUCGUUGAUGGUAUUCAACUACUGAACAAGUAAAAACACAAACAUAAUGCCACAAGGCUGGAUGCGUCCAGCAAAAGGAUUGUCGCCCACCCUGGAAAUGUGAAUACUCGGGCACAUUUAAUACAUCGGUUUCGGGGCUAGCAAAGUCACCCCCGACGAGCUCACCUGCAUAUAUAUAUAUAUUCAUAUAUACUGGCCAGCAAACCUCGUCGUAGCUUAAUGGUUUUUCAUAUUUUCGUCUUUCC